UUCUAGAUGCGGAGUUCCCUCUACCAUUGGAAAGUAAGCGCACAGCAACUCGUCCAGUGUACUUCAGAACUCCCUUCCAGCCAAGUGUGGGGACCAGAUAGGAUUUGUUGGUGACCUGCAGAUCAGUACUGGAGCCCUCUGCUUUCAUCUUGGUGUGUUUGGUUUGGCAAUGGAGUCUUUCUCUGCUGACACAAAUUCAACUGACCCACAACCCCUGCCUCUGUUUAAACCUCAAGACAUCCUCUCCAUGAUCCUUCUCUGCCUCACUUGUCUAUUGGGACUGCCAGGCAACGGGUUGGUGCUGUGGGUGGCUGGCCUAAAGAUGAAGCGGACUGUGAACACAGUUUGGUUUCUCCAUCUCACCCUGGCUGAUUUCCUCUGCUGCCUUUCCUUGCCCUUCUCCCUGGCCCACCUGAUUCUCCGGGGCUACUGGCCCUACGGCUUGUUCCUAUGCAAACUUAUCCCAUCCAUUAUUGUCCUCAAUAUGUUUGCCAGUGUCUUCCUGCUUACUGCCAUUAGCCUGGACCGCUGUCUGGUGGUACACAAGCCAAUCUGGUGCCAGAAUCAUCGGAAUGUGAGGACAGCCUUAGCCAUCUGUGGAUGCGUUUGGGUGGUGGCCUUUGUGAUGUGUGUACCAGUAUUUGUAUACCGUGACCUGAUCACUAUAGACAAUCACAGUAAAUGUGGCUAUAAUUUUGGUUUCCAGGGGAAUUUUGAUUAUUGGGACUACUUGUACGACAUAGAUCUACCAGAAAGCAAUUCUACUGACAACUCCUCUGUUCAUCAAAGAUCUUCUGAAGAUUCAUUCCCUCUAGACUCAGCAGGACUGUCUAGUCAACAAUCCCAUUACAGUGUAGAGCUUCCUAGUGUGCUUGUGCCUGCCAUACCCAGUGGGUUUCCUGUUGGAGAUCACAGAGCCAACACGCAUGGAGCCCGUGCUUUUCUCUCCUCUCCUAUAGAGCUUUCCCCUACUGCUUCCAGCAGUGACAUAUACCACCCUGAGCUGUCACAAGAUUUCCAGGAUGACUAUUUCGCCCAGUUCAAGUAUGAACACCACGAGCCAAUACCUAUGGUGGCAAUAACCAUCACAAGGCUGGUGGUGGGCUUCCUGGUGCCCCUUUUUAUCAUGAUGGCUUGUUACAGCCUCAUUGUCUUCCGAAUGAGAAAAACCAACUUCACCAAGUCUCGGAGCAAAACCUUUCGGGUGGCCCUGGUGGUGGUGACUGUCUUUUUUGUCUGCUGGACUCCAUACCAUAUUGUUGGAGUCCUAUUACUGAUUGCUGACCCAGGAACUCCUUUGAGGGAAGCUGCGUUAUCCUGGGAUUACGUGUCCAUUGCUUUAGCAUCUGCCAACAGUUGCUUCAACCCCUUCCUUUAUGCCCUUUUGGGGAAAGACUUUAGGAAGAAAGCAAGACAGUCCAUAAAGGGCAUUCUGGAGGCAGCCUUCAGUGAGGAGCUCACACACUCUACCAGCUGUACCCAGGACAAAGCCUCCUCAAAAAGAAACAAUUUGAGUACAGAUGUAUGAAGAUGCAGAGCUGGGGGCCUAAGCUGCUGUUCUCAAGCAAAUACUGGAAUACUCGUGAAGGAUGACAUGUGAGCAGGCCACUUGAGACAAUCUGGUGGCUCUCAGAGAGAGGUCUCGGACUAUUGGCUUCAGCAUGGUUUGGAAACAUCAAAGACGCGAAUUUUCAAGCCCCAUCGCAGGCUUGUUGACUCAGAAUCUUCGGCCCACGGGGACCAGUGUUUUAACAGGUCCUCUUGCUUCUGGUUAAUGUUAAGUUUUUCAAUCAUUUGGUUAGUCUAUUCCUCUCCCUAACUAAGCCGUGAGAGAUAAAUAACUUCCUCAUCA